GGAUUGUUACUAUACUAUUGCUGCUACUACCAUCAUCUGUCACUCGCUUGAACAACACUCAGCUCAUACUAUAUCACAUUCCAUACAUUCCACACUGCUCUUGAUCUAUCUCUUGAACUCAUAUCCCAUUAAUACUAUUAUACACUGCUCAACACCAUGAUCACCGUGCAAAUAAACACUCCCAACUCAAACCAAACAGCUUCUUUUGAACAAGCAACUCUGUCCAACAGACUCAAAGGCUCAUUCCCAAACUUGAGAAACUUACUACCCACUCCUUCAAAGCCACACAAAUUCCAAGCUGUUUUACCACCAAUAGAUUUGAAAAUCAUCAUUUAUUGUUCAAUAUGGUAUACUUUCAGUGCAAUCUCUUCAAAUAUUGCAAAAGAUAUACUACGAGAAUUUCCACAUCCAACAACUUUUACUGAAUUACAAUUCUUGAUAAGCACAGUCUUUUGCAUUUCAACUUUAUUCAUUAUAAAUAAUAAUAGAUCAAUAAUUGAUAAAUUCCCCCUGGGGACAUUCCCAACAAAAGAUCAAUUCAAAUUACAACAUUCAACUUGGAAUUUAAUUCAACCAACUGAAAAAAUCAUCAAGACAACAUUUGCAAUGGGUAUUUUCCAAUUCAUUGGUCACAUCACAUCUCAUAAAGCUACUCAUAUCAUUCCUGUUAGUUUAGUCCAUUCUGUUAAAGCUCUAAGUCCAUUAACUACAGUGUUUGUCUAUAGGGCAUUAUUCAAUGUUAAUUAUCCAAUUGUUACAUAUUUCACAUUGCUACCUUUAAUCACUGGUGUUAUAUUGACAUGUUUUUCAAAUAAAUCAUCAAAAUCAAAUGUUGAUUUCAAUAAAGGCCUAACAUAUGCAUUCAUUUCAAUGAUUAUAUUUGUUUCUCAAAACAUUUUUGCUAAAAACAUUUUAACAAUAACUCCAAAAUCAUUACCAACAAUAAAUAAACAACAAGAGGGCAAACCACAAGAGGAUGAUGCCAAAAUUGAUAAAAUUACAAUCUUGUUAUAUUGUUCAAUUAUUGGCUUCAUCUUAACAUUACCAAUUUAUUUAAUUUCAGAAUAUUCAAACCCAAUAUUCACUUUAUUUGAAUUGAAUCCUUCAAUAAUGUUUAAAUUAUUCCUUCAUGGUUCAAGUCAUUUUUGUCAAGCAAUGUUGGCAUUCCAUUUAUUAGGUUUGAUCUCACCUGUUAAUUAUUCAAUUGCAAAUAUCUUGAAAAGAAUUGUCGUGAUUGCAAUGGCUAUUGUUUGGGAAGGUCAAAGUGUUAAUAAAUUUCAAGGUAUGGGUCUUUUAUUAACCCUUGUUGGAUUAUACUCUUAUGAUAGAUGGGGGAUACAAAAGAAAAAAUGA